AACAAAUUCACAAAAACUUCCACAUACAGUACAAUAUGUAAACCCAUUACAUAUGAAAUGCUGUUCUACAUGUGAUAACCCACAUUUACUUUAUAUGUAACAGGAUUAUUUAUCACAUGAUAUCUUAUGUUAGACAUGUGAAAUACUUGAAAAUUCCUGAAUCCCUGUAUCAUGUGAAUUUAUUAGUAUAGUAUUAGUAUCAGUGGAAUGUCUGAAAACAACAUGUGCCUGUAUGUGAUACAUGUGUAAAAAAAACAGCAUCAUAAAUUCACAUGCUUUUUUGUAAGAUAUACUAAUUGUGAAGUAUUGUUAAAGGUAUAAUAUUAUGAAUUGGUCCCUCUGACUGAUAUAUUAUUAUAUAUGACAUCAUUAGAUUAUUAAUAGUGAAGCAUCAGUGUUAGAGCAGCAUAGGUAGGUUACACACUGUGCUGCCUCUGAUGUCUCUGUCUCUCACUACUUUGCUAGAGUUCCUUCAAACUGUCAGAGAGACUACAACCUGUUGGCCUUUGACGCUGAUGGAGACGAGGUGAAAUGCAGAUAUGGAAAUACAGUAGCAGAAGAAUGUAAUCCCUGCACACCACCGUCUGUUCUGACCAUUUCACCAACUUGUACUUUAUCAUUUCACCCCACCAGCAGCAGUAAUGAAGGUUCGUAUGCGGUACAGCUGGAGAUGGAGGACUUCCCCCGCCACACUAUCUCCCUCAAUCAAAGUGAUGGUGUGGAAACAAGGAGAACUCCUAGUGAUGCUCUCAGCAAAAUACCGAUCAGAUUUGUUUUAAUGGGUAGGAUAUCUCUCACUUUACCUUUACAGAUUGGAGUUUUAACUCAGUGAAGACAGAGUUUAUUUACUUAGCAGGAAAACUGACCUACUCAAUAACUUUCAUUUCAUUCAAAUCACAAAACACAUAGUCUGCACCUUUCACCUGGAUUAUCUCAAUUUUCUACAAACAAAACUUAUGCCAUCAGAAUAACUUGAAAGAUAUUAUUAUCAUGACAUUCACUGCAUAAUCACUGUGGUACCUUGAUUUAGGCUCUGAUUAGUUAGCAGUUCUGUUACAGAAAGAUAUAGUAAACUUAUUGUAUGGUGGGCCCUAUGUUUUUUUGUUUUUUCUCUAUUGUUCCAGUGGACACUGCUGUGCCAUGCUGCACAGAGGGAAAGUAUCUGCCCAGGUUUCUGCCUCCAACUCCAGCCAAAGGUGCGCAGCUGAUCGCAUAUGUCAACGAGUCCCUGGAAAUUAACAUCAAGGCAGAGGCAACAAAGUCCCACUGCUGGAGGUGGAGCUGUUUACGACGCUGACAUCAGCAAACCGCUCACCCCCAUACACCAUACACCCCAUCUGCCCGGUACAGUGAAAACCAGGAUUCAUUCGUGAAGCGAACAAUUCUCCAAAGUGCCAGAUGCCAUCGAAGGUGAGCAAUUGCCCACUCAAGUCGGUUACGACGGUUUCUGACAGUUUGUGUAGAAAUUCUUUGGUCAUGCAAACCAACUGUUGCAUCAGCUGUCCAGGUGGCUGGUCUCAGACGAUCUUGCAGGUGAAGAAGCUGGAUGUGGAGGUCCUGGACUGGGGUGGUUACACAUGGUCUGCUGUCGUGAGGCCGGUUGGAUGCACUGCCAAAUUCUCAGAAACAACAUUGGAGACCACUUAUGGUAGUGAAAUGAAAUUCAAUUCACAGGCAACAGCUCUGGUGGACAUUCCUGCAGUCAGCAUGCCAAGCGCAUGUUCCCUCAAAACUUGCAACAUCUGUGACAUUGUGUUGUGUGAUAAAACUGCAUUCUUUUAUUGUGACCAUCCCAACACACACCUGUGCAAUAAUCAUGCUGUUUAAUAAGCAACUUGAUAUGAGUUGAGUCUUAGAUCUUUUAUUUUUUUAAAAAGGGAGUAAAAACAAAAGUGUUGCAUUUAUAUUUUUGUUCAGUGUAUUUAUACAGUAGUAUGUUUUAGUGUAGCCAAUACUGUAUUGUAGAUUAUUUGUUUCAAGUCAUAUCAUUUGUUGUUUUCUUUCAUUUGGCCAACCACGUUCUGAUGUUUUGAUAAAUUCUAAUUUAUCUCUGCAUACUGUGUCUUGUGUUUUUAAAGGGUUUCACAGCUUUUCUUCAGUGGGCCGCAUGGCAUGGUAAAGCAGACUGGAUUAGAGGGACAGUUCAUCUUGAACUGGACUACAUCAGAGAAGGAACACGAAGAAAACCAUCCCAUCUGCUUUGUUGUCCAGGCAGUGAACAAAUCAGUCUGUUGUCACUGUACUAAUCUAAAUAUUGAGACAUAAUAUGGUGCUUAAAUUAUGUGUAUGGUUUCGCUAAAGAUUAAUAUGAAACUGUAAGUAUGACAAAUGCAUCAUAAUUCCUUAUUCUCACCAGUCUUUAACUAUAAUUAAAAGUAUUUUUGAGAGGUACAUUAAUCAGUAUUUCUAUGAUGCACAGGAUUCAAAGUGUUAAAAUGAUACCUCUUAAAAAAGCAUUUACUUAGAUUUAUUUUGUGUAAACAUUUAAUUUUGUUUAAAAAAAACGCUCUUGAUUUAAUUUUUCAGCCUGAACAAGUAUCACUCAGAGCUUCGAUGUGUGAUUGUAAACGUUAGAAACGGUGAGUAGUCACCUCAGUGUUUAUUUCCAUUUCAUUUGCUGCUUUUCACAAUUAUUUUUUUAUGUUUGUUAUACUUGCAGAACCAACCACCACGACGCUGCCAACAACUACAACAAACACACCAACUGCCCCACAAAGUACAACCAUUGCUCCCUUCAUUAAGUGAAUUAUAGAGCAGCUCAACCAAUCAUAAAUUCAUAUUUCCAUUUCCUUUACUGUUUUUCAAUUAUUUUAUGUUUCAAUUAUUUUUAUGUUCUUGAUACUUGCAGAACCAACCACCACAAUGCUGCCGACAACUACAACAAACACACCAACUGCCCCACUAAGUACAACCAUCGCUCCCUCCAAUCAGGAUGUGGUUGACUGCAGUGUGAAACGCAGACUUAGAGGAAGACAGACCCCACUAACAGAAGAUGGAGAUCACAUCACUCUGCCUGAUGCUCUCAGCCACACUGAGCAUCAGUCCCAACAGAUCUCAGUUUUUUCCGUAUGACCAAAUCUCUCUGAGCUGUGAGGCACCAGCAAACUCCAGCGGCUGGAUAGUGAGGAGAAACACUUCGAAAUUGACAUCUCAGCGAUGCAUGCAUGGCUGGGGAAUCCCAAGUGAAUCCUCCUGCAUCAUUGAGAAUGCCUACGAGUCAGACACUGGAUUGUACUGGUGUGAGUCCCAGCGGGGGGAGUGCAGCAACACCGUCAACAUCACUGUUACUGAUGGUGUUGUGAUCCUGGAGAGCCCUGGACUUCCUGUGACAGAGGGAGACGAUGUGACACUUCUGUGUUCCUACAAGGAAGAAGAUGAAACUAAAUCUACAUCAAAUUUCUCUGCUUCAUUCUACAAAAAUGGUGUUUUCAUCGGGUCUCCGCCUGCAGGAAAGAUGACCCUCCGAGCUGUUUCCAAGUCUAAUGAAGGCCUUUACGAGUGUGAACACCCCACAAAAGGAGGGUCAUCACAGAGCUGGCUGGCAGUGAGAGCUGGAGCUCAGCCUACAAGUGUCCCUACCACUCCUCCUCCUCCUCUUAAGUCUCUGCGCCUGUUGUGCACCAUCCUGCUGUUCAUCCUCUACAAUGUCAUCCUCAUUAUGUGUGUACUCAUUUACCGAAGGUGGGCUUGAGCUCAAGCUGAAGCAAAGAAAAGAGCUUCUGACUAUCUCACACUGGAGGGAUGAGUCCUGUUUCCAUGAAGAUCAAUUAUAUAGCAAU